AUGAAGUUUACGGGUACAUCCAAAGAAAAUGAUGUUGCUGAUAAACAUGAGGCACCUGAAGUUACGGCCUCACCAAAAACUCCUCAUCCAAUUACCAGUACCAUAAAAACGCCCAUUGGUGCAAGAAUAGGAAGCAAGACGGAGGGCGGUCUUGGUGCCCAAAAGCUUACUACAAAGCCAAGUGAAAGUCUUUAUGAUCAGAAGCCUGAAGAGCCGACUCUUGUUGUUAGUUCGUCCACUAAUGCCAGUGCAGCACCGUCUUUUAGCUCGUUGUUUCCUUCACUCUUUGAAUAUGUUGAGAGCAUGCAGUCUGCAGUGCAGAGGCCAAUUCUGGUGGUACGCAAGUACUUAACCAUGUCUCUCCACCUAAAAUCAAGCAAUUUCUUUGCUGAUUUUGGAAUGGACAGUGGAAUCAAGAAUAAGCCAAGUUCCACUUACUCCACAGUGCAGGGAUAG